ACCUCGUAUCUUUUGGAAAAAUAUCUAAACAAUGGGGAAAAUUUGAGCAAGAACAAUGGCAGUCAUGCAUUGUUGUGCACCUCUUCCUCCUCUUCAUUGUACCACUCUCUACUCCAUUCGUCGUCCUCCCACAUCUCGAAUGUCCUGCUCUUUCUCAUCCCACAUGGACCAACAAAACGAAAUUGGCAAAAAAAAAUUCACAGACUUCCCUUACGUCUCAGUCCCACAGAGGAAUCUUAUGGUGGAGCUUGUAUCCAUGCUUGAAACUCGUCUUAACCCCUAUCUCCAACCUUGUAACCUCCCACCUGAUGUCCAAUACUACCACAACCAGACUGGGACUGCCCAGGCUUCUCUCCACAUCAGAUCUGGACUCGAAUCAUCUCCGAUUUAUUGCAUGCUGGGAAGUUGGUUCAGCUCGGCGCCAACAUCAGAAAUGUGGAAAUUCACAAGCCUCUCAGCUUUUAUGAACACUUCAACGGAUUCACCACACUGGAUAAUUGACCUCAUGCAGGACAGCCCAACAUGUUUAAGCGUCCUCAUUGAUUUGACCCCUCGAAAAGACCCUGUGGUCAAUCCUGGGUAUGCCGACUUCUUUUAUGAUCACAAAGGCACCACUUUGGAUAUACAGAGGCAACUGUUUGAGGGAAUCCCCGAGGCAAAUCCAACUGAUCUCUGUUGUUCUGUUACGGUGCGUUCCGUUCUGUCUCCGGCAGCAAUCUGUUUCACGAUUGAAACUGGGGAUGGUGGUGCAGGACGUCUGGAGGAGAUAAUUCGAGAUAAUGUGAGGCCCAUUGCGAAGAGAUUUGGUUGGAUAGGUGUGCUUUCACAGAGAGGGAGGUGGAUGAAACUGAGAGGGCUGAUUUAGAAGAGGGGGAUGAAAUGAUUAACAGCGUGGUCCGUGCGCUUGAUCAUGGGCAACAGUUAGUCCAGCUUUUGAGUUAAACCCAGUUGAGCAAGUAAUGGUUAUCCCCUAGAAUUUGACUAUGUACGAUAAUGUUGUUCGAUGAAAGGUACUUAUCUUUUGUUUGGAGGAUGUUAAACGAAUUCAUCAUUAUUAUUGUUUCUUAUUUGAUGCUAAAUUAAGUGAUAUAUAUAUUAUUUGUGAA